AUGUCUUCGCCAAGCAAAGGAGAAAACAGCAUUCCCAUCCUCCUGGCUUCGAUGCGACCUACAGUACACCUGGAGACGUUUGUCUUUCUCACCACGACACAGCCGAUCGAAGAUCUUCCCCUUCAAUCUCUGAAACCGGAGAUGCUAUUUCAAGAAGACGAGGGAUUGAGCAUCAUCACCACUAAAGAUCUGGCCGAGUCAAAUGGGUUCCUUGACUAUACAUUUCCAUGCAAGAAGAUCUCGCUGGCGGUGCAUUCCAGCCUAGAGGCCGUGGGACUAAUUGCUGCGAUCUCGUCGAACCUCGCUAGUCAUGGAAUCAGUACCAAUGUGGUCAGUGGGUAUUUCCACGAUCACAUCUUUGUGCCUCUAGGAAAGGAGGAUGCUGCUUUGCAGGUGCUGCAGGACAUGAUGAAGGCAGCAGAGUCAACAAUACAGAAAUAA